AUGUCUGCUGUCGAGUCCGAGAGCGCAAACGUCACAGCUUUUUUGAAAAAAUUGCCGGCGCUAAUAGAAGAAGCCGAGUAUGAUGAGUUGUUUGGGUACCAACUAGAUUCAAAAGGUGACUUCUACGACGAAAACAUCGCAAGAAUUCUGCUCGCGAAAUACCUCAAAGCAAACAAUGGAAGUUUGUCCGAGGCUGAAACUCAACUCCUGAAUACACUCAAGUGGAGGGCAGAAUUUAAGCCCUUAUUGGCAGCCUUCUCCGAGACUCAUCCUACCAAGUUUUCGGAGUUAGGAGUCCUCACUGUUGAUAACGCCGCUGCCGCAGACGAGAAAAUCAUAACUUGGAACUUGUACGGGAAAAUGGAUGAUGUCAAGGAGAUAUUUUCCAAAGAAGGCGACAAAUUUUUGAGGUGGAGAGUGGGCUUGAUGGAGCAGGCCAUUCAGCUGUUGAAGUUUGAUGACCCUGAUAAUGAUUAUAUGGUUCAGGUUCACGAUUAUAAAGGCGUGAGUAUGCUCAGGAUUGACCCAGACAUCAGAAAAGUCACAAAAGCGAUUAUCCACACUUUUUCGAGCCACUACCCUGAGAUCAUGUCGCGCAAGUUCUUUGUAAAUGUUCCAUCUAUUAUGAGUUGGUGCUACAGUGUGGCGAAAACGUUUGCCUCGCCCGAAUCCAGAAAGAAGUUUAUGAUGAUCAGUAACGGAGCAGGACUAGCAUCAGAGCUUGGGAAAACCAUACCUUCGGAGUACGGAGGAAAAGCUGGCAAUCUGUUGUCCAAACAGUUUGUGUUCAAUGACUCGAAGAGUCAGGUCUCGCCUUACGCCGCCUACAUCAUUCAACAGCAGAUCUCCAACGAGCUUGACUGA